GCUUGUUGAACUGUGGGAUUGUUUUUUCUUAUAUUCCCAUAAAUCACAUUAGUCCAAGUUUUGAAAGCAGCAUUUUUGAGCAAGUUCAGAAUGGAAAAGAAGGUUGAUCAUCAACUUGAGGAUGGUGUGGUGUCGCCAGCACAGACGACUAUGGCACACAUGCAGGCAGAUAGUGAAGAGCUCGCCUUUAUAGGACAAAUAAACGUAGAUCAGUCGUUUGCCAGCACAUCUCUGGCUCCAGCUCAUUCUCUUUGGACCACUGAUGCUAGAGGUUCAGUCAAGCUGAGAAUAGAAGAAGGAUGUGCAGAGGAACCCGUCACAGUUCACCAAAUGUUCAAAGCCUCAGUUGAAAAAUAUGGAAACAAGCAUGCACUUGCCAGCAAGAAGAACAACAAAUGGGAAAAGAUAACUUUCCUAGAGUAUUACCAAAUGUGCCGAAGAGCAGCCAAGAGCUUUUUAAAGCUUGGUUUAGAGCGAUUCCAUGGUGUGGCAAUACUAGGAUUCAAUUCAGCAGAAUGGUUCUUCUCUGCAGUUGGUGCUGUCAUGGCAGGAGGAAUAAUGACAGGAAUUUAUGCCACAAACUCACCAGAAGCUUGCCAUUAUGUGGCUAGUGACUCCAAAGCCAACAUUAUUGUGGUAGAAAACCAGAAGCAACUGGAUAAGAUAUUGCAGAUAUGUGACAGACUACCCAAUUUAAAAGCCAUAAUGCAGUACAGUGGGCAAGUCCAGCAGAAGAUCUCAAAUCUCUACUCCUGGGAGGAGUUCUUGGAGCUGGGUCUGGAUGUUUCUGAAAAACAAUUGGAUGACAUUAUCAGCAGCCAGAGAGCUAACCAGUGCUGUGUCCUGAUCUACACAUCUGGCACCACGGGCAAGCCGAAAGGAGUCAUGCUCAGUCAUGACAAUAUCACAUGGACGACCAUUCAUGCCAGCAGGGCUGGAGAAAUGCAGCCAGCCGACACUAAACAGGAGUCAAUAGUGAGUUACCUGCCUCUCAGCCACAUUGCUGCUCAGAUCUAUGAUCUGUGGACAGGCAUCCACUGGGGUGAGCUGGUAUACUUUGCACAGCCAGAUGCCUUAAAGGGAAGCUUGAUAACUACACUGCGGGAGGUUCGCCCAACAUCCCACAUGGGUGUCCCUCGGGUAUGGGAGAAAAUAAUGGAGAAGAUUAAACAGGAGAUUAGUCAGUGUGGAUAUCUGAAAAAGAAACUGGUAACAUGGGCAAUGUCAGUCAGCCAGGAAGCAAAUCAAAAGUAUAUGCAAGAGGGUGAUGAAAAGCCUUUCCUUUUUUACGUGGCUGACAGCCUUGUGCUGCAGAAGCUUCGGGCUGAGCUGGGCCUGAACUGUUGUCAGAAGUUCUUUUCUGGAGCAGCACCAAUCAGUAGUGAAACAGUGCAAUUUUUCCUGGGCUUGAACAUCCGCUUGUAUGAGGCCUAUGGCAUGAGCGAGAGCACAGGACCUCACUUCAUGUCAGGUCCAAAAGUUUAUAAACUGCCAAGCUGCGGAAAGGUGGUGCCUGGCUGUCGCUACAAAAUGGCCAAUGUAGACUCUGAAGGGACAGGAGAAAUAUGCUUUUGGGGACGCAACAUUUUCAUGGGUUUCCUGAACAUGGAAGACAAAACAAGAGAAGCUUUGGAUGAAGAUGGAUGGCUGCAUUCUGGAGACCUGGGGAAGGCUGAUGAAGAGGGUUUCUUGUACAUCACAGGAAGGAUAAAAGAGUUGAUCAUCACAGCUGGAGGAGAAAAUGUUCCACCUGUUCCCAUAGAGGAAGCAGUAAAGAAGGAGCUACCCAUCAUCAGCAAUGCCAUGCUGAUUGGAGACAAAAAGAAGUUUUUGUCCAUGCUUUUAACCCUAAAGUGUUGCAGCAAUACAGAAACCAUGGAGCCAACAGAGGAACUCAGUGUGGAAGCUGUGGAGUUUUGCAGAGAGCUGGGCAGCCAAGCAACAAAAGUGUCUGACAUAACUGGAGAAAAAGACAAAGAAGUGUACCGGGCAAUUCAAGAGGGAAUUGACAGAGUCAACUCUGCAGCCACCUCGAAUGCCCAAUGCAUACAAAGAUGGACUAUUCUGAGGAAGGACUUCUCUGUUUCUGGAGGAGAGCUGGGUCCCACAAUGAAGCUUCGUCGUCCUGUUGUCUUAGAGAUGUAUCACAAAGUUAUAGAGAGCCUUUAUCAAGGAUAAGGUCAUGUUCUACUGUGUAACUGUUAGUAUGAAAUCGUGUCAUUUUUCUCCAUCUCAUCACCUGUGGAUAUGCAUAAAAUGUAAUUACAGUACCAUGCAAAAGUCUUGAGCCACCCCAGAAUUUCUUGUAAUUCUUUUAAGUAUUCUUGAGUGACCAAAUUACACAAGAAGUGGACAAAAAUGUGUGGCCACAGGUCUUAUGGAGCGAUGAAUCCAAAUUUUCAAUUUUGGCUCAGAUUAUUGUCAUUAUGCACGGAGGUCAGGAGAAAGGUACGACUGUCUGCAGACAUCUGUAAACAUGGUGGAGACCCAUGGUUUGGGGCUGCAGUGGUCUUGGAGAUCUUAUGAAAAUUGAUGGAAUUAUGAAUGCAAAAAAACAAAACCAUUACACACAUAAUGGAACACUUAUCAGUCAGGAUUGGCCUCCAAAUCCUCAACAUUAUUGCACCAGUGUGGGAUCAUCUUGACAGAGAAUAGAACAAUGGGGAUCCAAGGCCCAAGAAGCCCGGAGAACUAUUCCUGAAGACUAAAGAAACUACAAGAAAGCUUGACUGAGAGAGUCGCCGUCAUACCAAAUAUCAAAUUUGUUAGAAUUAUACAAGCUCUGUUUUUGCCUUAUAUACGGCAUUUCCUCGCAAGUUUGCAUGUUUCAAUAAAUCAUCGGACCUAUUACCAAUUUUCCUAGCAAACUAUAAAGAAAUGAGGGGUGUUCGAGACUUUUGCACAGUAUUGUAUAAUUGCAUCUUUUUUGCAGAAUGAAAAAAAAAAAAAAAAAAGAGAACAUACACAACAUUUUAAGAAUAUAUUAUUUAAUAAGUUAAAAGUUACACC